CCUCAUUGUAUUGUCCAACCAUGCCCACACUGGAUGUGAGCGAGUUAAAUGUGGUCCUGGGCGUGCUAGGGGCAUUUAUGCUAUUGUAUGGACUCAUCUCCAUCAAGAUCAAGAAUGUCUGGUACCUAGGAGAGGCAUUACCCGCGGUUCUGAUCGGGAUCGUUCUUGGACCGGUGGCUGCCAAAUUUCUCGACGCGACGCGAUGGGGUUCCGCGAUGAAAGACCAACAGGAAGCCAUAACCCUAGGUAUAUGCCGUGUUGUGAUUGGUGUCCAACUGGUCAUUGCGGGAUAUCAACUGCCUGCCAAGUAUCAGCGCAAACGCUGGAAGGAGAUGUUUAUCUGCUUGAUUCCGAACAUGACUCUGAUGUGGUUGUGUACCUCGGGGUGCAUUCUAGCCACCAUCCCGAAUCUGUCGUUCAUCUCUGCGCUAAUCAUCGGUUCCUGCGUCACCUGCACCGACCCAAUUCUGUCCCAAGCUAUCGCCAAAGGCCCAUUUGCAGAUAAAUACGUGGCGCGAGAUCUUCGAGAAAUCAUCUCAUCGGAGGCCGGAUUUAACGAUGGAUUUGGGUUUCCCUUCCUGAUGCUGGCAACGUAUCUCAUGCGACAUGCCGGAAAGGCAAACUCGGGGCUUGUCGAGAGAUCAGGCGACAUAGGCCGUCAAGGAGGGGGCGUGGGAAAGGCCCUGGAGAUGUGGGUGAUUGAAACAUGGCUAUACUACGUGGCCAUGGGGGUUGUGUACGGGGCAGUGGUAGGUUAUGCCAGUCUGCACGGUUUAAGGUUUGCAUUGCGACGCAAAUGGAUUGAUAGUGAGAGCUACCUCCUCUUUCCCACGGCCCUGGGGCUCUUCCUACUGGGGACAUGCGGCUGCAUCGGCACAAACGACCUCCUGGCUUGCUUCGCUGCCGGAGGAGCCCUGAACUGGGAUGGGAAAUAUCUUGCCGAGACAGAGGCGCGCCAUGAUGAGGUCAAUGCCUGCAUCGAUGUCCUCCUCAAUAUAGGCGGGUUCAUGUACAUCGGCUCCAUUUUCCCCUGGAACGAGUUCCACCAGCCAGUUGAGACGGGAAUCACUUACUGGCGCCUGAUACUCCUGGGACUUCUCGUGCUGCUCUUUCGACGGAUCCCAAGUGUUAUGCUCUUGUAUCGGUUGAUGCCACGGGUGUGUAAGAACUGGAGGGAGGCGCUAUUCAUGGGGUACUUUGGGCCCAUCGGUAUAAGCAUCCAGCUAAUAACCUCAGGGAUUGGAGCUGUCUUUUACGUCGAACAUGCGCGCCAUCUCUUCCCAGAAUUAGGACAUGGUGACCCUGAAGAGACUCGUCUCGUCCAGGCGUUAGGUCCAAUCGUCUACUGGCUGGUCCUCUUCUCCAUAGUGGUCCACGGCCUAUCUAUCCCUGCCCUUAAUCUUAUCUACAAAGUCACCGGCACACCUGCCGUGGUGGAUCCCUCUGGACCUGCCGAGGUCCGUCCCCUGUCGGCAAAUAUGGCAUUGCCCAAGAACAGCUAUCUCCACUCUAGACGGCGGUCCGUAUUGCUGUACAAUCGAUUCUCGCGGUCGAACUUCCCGGAAGGUUUCGGAUGGGGUGGUGAUGGUCACCCGCGGGAGCCACCGACAUUUCACUUGCAGAGCGAACGUCGAUAUCUGUGUCAAUGA